CCAAGACUCCAAAACCCCUCGCUUCCUUCUUCCUCGGGCGGCGGAGGCGGUGGCCAUGGACAAGGACGUGCUGGGCGGCAUGGACGGCCUCGCCGAGGAGGACCAGAUGCGCAUGCCCGCCAUGGUUGAACUGCUCCAGAUCCGUGACAGUCUGAAAUUUUACUAUUCCCUGGUGGAGAGGUGCUUCAGGGACUGCGUGGACACUUUCCGCCGCAAGACCCUGGACAAGCAAGAGGAGUCAUGUGUCCGCGGUUGCGCCGAGAAGUUCAUGAAGCACUCCAUGAGGGUUGGCCUGAGGUUCACAGAGAUUAACCAGGGCGUGGCCACCCCUGACUAAUCGUGUCAAUUUCGUUGCCCCUGCCAAGAUUCUAACCGUGGAGAUUUUGUCAGCAUCGAUUUGUGAUCCUAAAAAGAUUUUAGCACUUCUUGAGAUGUGCAACUCAGUUAGGUUGCCUCUUGAACAAACUGCUGGGUAUGAAAUUGGGUAAAAUUACCUUGAACCAACUCUGUAUCCAUUCAUACUUGAGUAACUUGCUAGCUGCCGAGAAGAGUUUGGGUUCAUGUUUCACACUUGAAUCAGCAGAUUUUGAGCCACAUAAGUGCAUAUUAUGGUUGCUAUAGCCAGGUAUUGUUUGUAUUGUGGACAGCAUGGUGCAAGGCUGUAAAGGCAACUUUCUUCUUGCCCUCUCUUAAGACAUCUGCCUUCUUUGACAGCAAAGGAUGCAGGACUAUGCACAUGAGCUCAUCAUGCCAUGAACUGAUGCACUUGGAAUUGGAAUUUGUGAGACAAAAGGGGGCAGGAUCCAGCACAUGUAUUGUGUUCUGGGGCGGUACACGUAUUGACCACCCGAUCGUGCCGUCAACAGCUCAGAUCAAGCUGCCGACCCCAGUUGCCAUUGGAGGUUCACAAUGGUUUGGACGUGAUCACCUUUGGCAUCUCAUGGAGCUUGGCCAAUGGCCAUUGGCGGCAAUUUGGGCGGGUUGGCCCGCGGCCACCUUGUGCCCACUACCCGCUGUGUGACCGUCCAAGUUGGCGUGUUGUUUUCUCAUGUGGAGCCAGCAGGGCGGACAGCGGCAUGAUCCCAUGGCGAAGGUGCAGGACAGAUCUCCAAUAUCUCAUUUGGAGCUGCAUGGCAUGGCGUGUCGGUGCUGUGGCACUGUAGCCUGCCCUACUGAAGCUGCUGCUUGUUCUGGUGUGUGUGUG